AUGCUCAUCGGAAUCUGCGGCGGCAUCUGCGCCGGCAAGAAGACCGUCGCCCAGUACCUGGUCGAGCAUCACGGCUUCAAGCUGCUUCGUCUGGACAACCCCUCAACAACUCUGCCGCGUGACGAGACUCCGUCCUACAGUGCUCCGGAGCCGGAGCCGGAACCCGCCCCGCCCACCACCGGCAACGAAGAGUCGAGGGCUCCUCAGCAGCAGCAGCAGCAGCAGUCUUCCACCGACACCAAGGGGAAGAAGAAGAAGGGCCCGUAUUGCUUCAACUGCAAACAAAAGGGUCAUUUCAAGGUGGACUGCCCUCUCCCUGUCCAAGAGACCGCCCUCGCCGUCAACGGCAAUGGUAACGGCAACGUCAACGGCAAUGGUAAUGGCAACGUCAACGGCAACGGCAACGUCAACGGCAAAGGAACCUCUGAAAGCCCGGCGCGGCAGGCCGGCGAGCGUUUCAUGAUCGUCAACGCUUUCUCUCUCGUGACGAGGAAGAACAUGCCGCACCCUCCCCCGCCACAACAGCCGGCCACCAACGGCUUCCGCGCCGCGGCACCCGGCGAGCUCUCCUUCGCCUCCGCCGACGCCCUUCUGGACUACGUCACGACGCGCUGGCAGUCCCGCUUCGUCACGACCAACGUGCACAACGAGGCCGUCCUCGACGCCCUCUCCCGCCGCCCCUUCUUCAUGCUCGUCUCCGUCGACGCCCCGCUGACGGUCCGCCACGCCCGCUUCCGCGCGCUGCACAAUCCGCACUGCACCCUCGAGUCCUUCGCCCUCGCCUCCGACCGCCACCUCUACGACCCGCACGGCGGCCUGCAGCCCCUCAUCUCCCGCGCCACCGUCCGCCUCGUCAACACCUCGUCCUCCCUCGCCCACCUCUACGCCACCCUCGGCAAGCUGCAGCUCGCCGACCCCGUCCGCCUGCGCCCGAGCUGGGACGCCUACUUCAUGUCGCUCGCUGAGCUGGCCUCGCUGCGCUCCAACUGCAUGAAGCGCCGCGUCGGCGCCGUCCUCGUCGGCCGCGAGAAGCGCGUCAUCUCCACCGGCUACAACGGCACCCCGCGCGGCCUGCGCAACUGCUCCGACGGCGGCUGCGCCCGCUGCAACUCGGGCAACUCGUCCGGCGUCGGCCUGUCCACCUGCCUGUGCAUCCACGCCGAGGAGAACGCCCUGCUCGAGGCCGGCCGCGAGCGCAUCCGCGACGGCGCCGUGCUCUACUGCGACACGUGCCCGUGCCUGACCUGCAGCAUCAAGAUCUGCCAGGUCGGCAUCGAGGAAGUCGUCUACGCCCACGGCUACAGCAUGGACACGGAGACGGCGGCCGUGUUUGCGCAGGCGGGCGUCCGCCUGAGGCAGUAUAUUCCGGCUCCAAACGGGUUGAUUCAUCUAGAAAAUCUGGAAAACCUGGAGCUUUACUGA